AUGGAUCCAGGCACAGAUGUUGAUCAUGUGUUACAAUCUCUCGGCAAUGUCGGGAGAUCAGAUAUCCGUGUUAGAUAUGGAAAGUGUAACAUUGAUAUAUAUGUAAAUGACACUGAUGCCGAAUAUCAUUCAUCACAGUCAUGUUCAAAUGGUUACGCGUACGAGAUUCCAAAAGACAGAUCAACCGUUACAGAGUGGGAUUUAGUAUGUGAGGGAUCAGCAAGAUCUGAAUUUGCUCAAACCUUAAUAAUGAUGGGACAAGCUGUAGGUGCUGCAAUUUUCUCUCCUCUUUCCGACAGAUUUGGAAGGAAGCCAAUUAACAUUAUUUCGCGAAUUCUUUAUACAAUAGCCGGUGUGACUGCAAUGUUUUCGCCCUCGAUAGAAGUAUUUUCUGUAUACAGAUUGCUUAUAGGAACCUUUCAAGGAAUAAAUCUCCAGCAAACAGUGCAAUUUAUUGACGAAUCUUUAAGAUGGCUCCUUGCAAAUGGAAAAACAGAUAAGGCAAUGAAAAUAAUAAAGAAAGCGGCAUCAUGGAACAAUCAAAGUUAUGAGUCUGUAAUGAAAUCAGUAGAAAAGAAAAAUCUGCUUAUACCAAAAGAACAUAUCAUACAUCCACCAGAAAAUCAGGAAUCAAUCAGCAAAGUUGAAUCGUGUGUUAGUAAUGGAACAACAGAAUUGGACCAUACAGUCCAUAGAUACUCGGUUAUCACUGUUUUAAAGCAUAAAAGAAUUCUGAUCACAUCAUUAUUAUUGUGGGUAAUAUGGAUAACAAAUACUCUGACUUAUUACGGACUGAUGCUUACGACAUCAAGACUUGCUGGAGACAGAUAUGUGAACAACAUAUUAGCCGCUCUUUCGGAAAUUCCAGCCACAUUCGUCCAACAGAUUAGUAUCAACAGAAUAGGACGACGAUAUGUGUUAGUAAUGUUUCAUAGUUUUGCUGGUGUAACAUUGAUACUGGCCACAGUUUGUUUCACAUACUCAGGUACAUACUACUGGCUGAAACACUUUUCAACAUUUUUCUCUAUAUUUGGAAGAUUUUCUGCAGCUGGUUCUUUUAGCAGCAUAUUCCUUUACACGCCAGAGUUAUAUCCUACGAACUUAAGGAAUGUUGGACUAGGUAUGGCAUCAACUGUAUCUAGAAUAGGAUCAAUGAUAUCCCCAUUUGCUGCUACUUUGGCUGAUCAUGUAUUUUGGGGACCAGCUAUAAUCUUUGCUUUGCUGAACAUAAUUUGUACAAUAAUUCUGUUGACCUUGCCUGAAACAAUGGGACGUGAGCUACCAACAACUGUAGAAGAGAUGAAAUCAUGGGUCAAAGAUAAAAAGGGAAUAUUUGACAUCAGACGACCAAAGCAUUAUCUUAAGGAAAAUAAACAACAUAGAUAA